AUGGGGUUACACCAACACCACGUGUUAACACCAACACCGCAGCUUGAUUACAAAGUUGGUGUGGAAAUGGGUGUUAGUGUUGGUGUCGCUGUCGGUGUCAACACCAACACCAACUUUGAAAUAGGGUUACACCAACACCAGGUGUUAACACCAACACCGCUGAUUGAUUACAGAGUUGGUGUAGAAACUGGUGUUAGUGUUAGGUUUAAAUUUUGCGGAGGUAAGGAGCAUAAAAAUCUGCGAAUGUUUGAAAAUCCUCAAAUAACUGGUCCUCACUCAGACGAAAAUGGUAGGAGUCCUAAAAACUCUGCCAAACCAGCUUUGUAUUUCAUCCCAAUGGCUAAAUGGUUUAGUACGGUACCAAUUGGUCACAAUUCCUUACAGUGUAUUAUCAAACAGAUGUGUGCUUAUGCUGGUUUCCAGGGAAAUCGUAGUAACCAUUCUCUACGGGCCACUACAGCGACAAGGCUUUUCAAAGGCGGGCCGACGAGCAACUUAUUUGCUAACAAACCGGGUGUGUCGAGACGACGGCUAGGAGACCGGACCGGACGACACAGAAGUAAUGUGGUUAGGUUAUACAAACGGACAUCUGAUGAGCAGCUAGCAGAAAUGUCCGAUGAUAUAAAGGUACCAAAAAUGGAGAAAACUGUACCUGCCGAGACAGUUACAAAUGUGGAACUUGAAAGGCAAAUGUAA